AAAAUGCAUUUUCAUAACGUAAAGUAAAGCAUUACGUGACCAAUAGAACAUCGAUAGCUUUGAAAAUACAACGUGCGGUAGCGCACUGUUCAGUGUUAAAUUUUCCGUCAUUUUUAUUUCUUUUUAAAAAUAUUUUCGAACAAAUAAGACGUUGCAAACAUUGUUCAAUUGUGUAUAUAUAUAUAUUAUUAUUAUUAUUAUUAUUUUUCUUUUUUUUUUUUCUUUAAUAUAUUUUUCUGAUAGAUACACCUCUUAUAUGAUACAUUUACGAUAAGAAUUUCUAACAAUUCAUUGUUUUUGUUGUUUCGUCAGUUUUAAUUUUACACAACGAUACUUCGUACGUCUUCCGCAAAUGUAUUAUUAAUUUAUUCGCGAUAUCUAUUAUUUUUUCUCAUCCUUGCAAUUUAGUUUAUAAAGAUACUAGAGAAAGAAAUGAAUAACAGAAAUUAAAGAAAAUUCUAUAAAAUAAUGUGACAUAUCCAUUGUUUUUAGAAAAAAAAAAUUAUUGUCAUCAAUUCUUCCUAUGUAGAAUAAUUUAAAAUGUCUGAAAAAAGUCAAACUAGUCAACCACAACCUAUCGUUAAGAUAGGCCAUUAUACAUUAGGACAAACUUUAGGUGUUGGUACAUUUGGUAAAGUAAAAAUUGGUGAACAUGUUUUAACAAAGCAUAAAGUUGCAGUAAAAAUUCUAAAUCGGCAAAAAAUUAAAAGUUUGGAUGUAGUGGGUAAAAUAAGACGGGAGAUACAAAAUUUGAAAUUAUUUAGGCACCCUCAUAUUAUUAAAUUAUAUCAAGUCAUAAGUACACCAACAGAUAUAUUUAUGAUUAUGGAAUAUGUCUCUGGAGGGGAAUUAUUUGAUUAUAUUGUAAAACAUGGAAAACUAAAGGAGCAUGAAGCACGAAGAUUUUUUCAACAAAUUAUUUCUGGCGUUGACUAUUGUCACAGACACAUGAUAGUUCAUCGUGACUUAAAGCCAGAAAAUCUUCUUUUAGAUCAUAAUCUUCAUGUGAAGAUAGCAGAUUUUGGUCUAUCAAAUAUGAUGAUGGAUGGAGAAUUUCUACGUACGUCAUGUGGUUCACCAAAUUAUGCUGCGCCUGAAGUAAUAUCUGGAAAAUUAUAUGCUGGUCCUGAAGUAGAUAUUUGGUCAUGCGGAGUUAUAUUAUAUGCUUUACUUUGUGGUACAUUACCGUUUGAUGAUGAACAUGUGCCUACAUUAUUUCGUAAAAUAAAAUCUGGAAUUUUUCCUAUUCCGGAAUACUUAAAUAAAAGUGUUGUUAGUCUACUAUGCCAUAUGCUUCAGGUUGAUCCUAUGAAAAGGGCUACAAUUGAAGAUAUAAAGAAACAUGAAUGGUUUCAAAAAGAUUUGCCGUCAUAUUUAUUUCCAUCGCCUGUAGAACAAGAUUCUUCUGUGAUUGAUAUAGAUGCCAUUAAUGAAGUUUGCGAAAAGUUUAAUGUGAAGGAAGCAGAAGUUCAUUCUGCCUUACUUGGUGGUGAUCCACAUGAUCAACUGGCAAUUGCUUAUCAUUUGAUUAUUGAUAAUAAAAGAAUUGCCGAUGAAGCUGCUAAAGCAGAAUUAAAAGACUUUUAUGUCGCAUCAAGUCCACCACCAGUUACAUUUAGUCCAAGUGAUGCUAAUAGCAGUCCGCUAAGACCUCAUCCAGAAAGAAUUGCUCCAUUAAGACAAUCCUCGCAAAGUUCAUCCGCAUCAAUGCAAGGAAGUAGAGGUACACCAGUGAAACGAGCAAAAUGGCAUUUAGGAAUAAGAUCACAGUCCAAACCAAAUGAUAUCAUGAACGAAGUUUAUCGUGCAAUGAAGGCACUUAAUUUUGAAUGGAAAAUAAUAAAUGCAUACAGUGUUAAAGUUAGACAAAAAAAUAAAUUAACUAGCAGAUAUAGUAAAAUGUCGUUACAGCUUUAUCAAGUUGAUUGUAAGAGUUAUCUGUUAGAUUUUAAAUCUUUAUCCAGUGAAGAAACAGAAGAUAUUAGCAGAGAUCCCUCUUUGCCACCACCUCAAGCAACUGGCCAUCAUACUAUGGAAUUUUUUGAAAUGUGUGCUGCAUUAAUUACACAAUUAGCACGGUAAAGUGACUUCUGUUACAUAUAUUUUACAUUAUUUUAAAUAUUGGUAAAAUAUCUUCUGUAACUGCUAAAAAAUUAUUAUAAAAUGAAAUUUCUGUACGAGAUAUAUGUGUAUAGUGAGAAAUGGAUAGUCCCUUUAUUCUAUUAUAUAUAUCAGUAUUUUAAAAUCUUUGUGAGAGGUCAUCAAAUUUUAUUUAGUUUAAUAUUAUAUUUGAUUAAUGAUGAUAUUUUUAUGUAGUUUCGUAAUAUUGUAAAUAUCAAAAUUUUAUUGUCUACAAUUAGAAACAAAGUUAUCGUGUUAUUGACGAUCGAGUACUUUUAAAAUGAAAAAAUCAAAUAUCGAUUAAUUUUAAAUUAUAAUCAAUACGACAUUUAUAACAUAUAAUUUAAUUUAAUUUAAUUUAAUUUAAUUUAAUUUAAUUUAAUUUAAUUUAACUUAAUUUAAUUUAAUUUAAUAUAAAUAUGGUAAUAUAAAAAAGAAAUUUUAUUGUCUGAUGUAACUGUCAUUUAUUGAUAUAUGCAAUGAUGGAAUAAUACAUUAUAAAUUUUAUGUUAUUGCGCUAUUACUUACCUACCUCAUACAGCAUUAAUCUAUCAGUACAUUCGUUUGCUAAUAAAAAUUUAAUUUAUUACGAACAAAAAUUAAAUAUGUUUGUGCACGUUUAGAAAAAUAUACAUUAUUAUAUCUUAUCAUAUCUCAAUUGUUUUAUCUAGGUCAUCGGUUACUAGAUAUAGAUCAUCAUUUAUAAACGAAGUUUUGCAUAAAUUGAUUACUGUAAUUAAUAAUGCAAUAUGAGAUAAUCUUAGAAAAACAGAAGAACUCUAUGAAAAAUCUUUAAAUUGUAAAAUUAUAUAAUCUAUAUAUAUAUAUAUAGAUAUAUUUUUGGACACACAAGGGUGUUUAAAAACAUAAAUGUUAACAUGUAUAUAUGUAUGUAUAAUAACUUAAAACGAAAAUACACGUUAAGCACCGUGUUAUAUUAAAAUUAUGAUGAUUAAAAAUAAAAUUUGUACACAAUGGCA